UUUCCUGUUGAGAAUGUCUGUGUGUGUAAUGUAGAUAAAUGGCAGGGAUUUUCUCUCUAAAUCCGUCUCCUGUUCGCUAAAUCUCACUCCUCCAAAACGAGCGUGCGCAAUGGAACAAAGUGGGAAUAUUGCGAUGUGACAUCGGCCGCGUCUCGCCCGCCGUUUUCGCUCUCCCCGGUUCUUUUUUUUUUUUUUUUUUUUUUUUCUAUACUGUUUUCUCUCCUCCGUUGUCACUUUUUGAAUGACUUGAAACAAGUUGACUUUUCGCCGGGUGUUUUUUUUUUUCUUUUUUUUUUUUUCUUCCCCCGGUUCUUGCGGAGACUCCGCGGGGAUGACCUGCGCUCUUUCCUUCCAGUGGCAUCUAUGGGACGUCCUCAAGAGUGCGAUGUGCUGGAUCUCCUGUAGCCACACCCUCUCACUACUGCUGUGCGUCCUCAGCCUGACUCCGGCGGCCACAGGGGCGAGGCCAGAGACGCUGUGCGGGGCGGAGCUGGUCGACACGCUGCAGUUCGUGUGCGGAGAGAGGGGCUUUUAUUUCAGUAAACCCACCGGCUAUGGACCCAACGCCCGGCGGUCGCGGGGCAUCGUGGACGAGUGCUGCUUCCAGAGCUGCGAGCUGCGGCGCCUGGAGAUGUACUGUGCGCCCGCCAAGACCAGCAAGGCGGCCCGCUCGGUGCGCGCCCAGCGCCACACGGACGCCCCCCGGGCCGCCAAGGUCAGCAAGGGCCCGGAGCGGAGGGCGGCGGCCCCGCAGGCGGACAAGACAAAAAACAAGAAGAGACCCACACCUGGACACAGUCACUCUGCCUUCAAGGAGGUGCAUCCCAAAAACUCGAGCCGAGGCAACGCCGGGGGCCGCAAUUACCGAAUGUAGGGAGGCGGGGCUUGGCCGCCUGGAAAGGGAGGAGGAGGAGGGAGUGGCCUUACCUGGUGCACCUGCUUCACUGUCCCAGCACGCCCACAGAGACGACGGUAACCAGGGCGUGGAAAACGACUGAAAGCGGGAGUGGAAGUGGGAGUGGGGAGUAAGGAGUGGGUCGUUGUGAUUAUUUUCUACACUGCACCGUUGUAUUUGUUAUCCAUGCCAUGUAACGGACUAUAUCGUUUAGCUGCUAGGACGCUGAGGUGAGGAAAUGUACCCAUCAUGCAUUGCGUAGCCCCGCCCCUUGUGGCUAGUUGGUGGAUGCCGUUCCAACUCCCCCCCCCCAACCCCAGGAAGUGUCGGGGUCCAGUCUUUAGUCCAAAGCCAUCCAUCACAACCCAGCAUUAGAGGAGAUUUACGGCCCUUAUGGUCUAAAAAUAAAACCAAAACACGGGAGCCAAACUCGUAUUUUUUCCCCACCGCCGCUCGUCAGAAACGAGUCGCCCCCAACUUUGGCGCGGACGAGUGGAAUAAAAGGUUUUGACACCGAGGCCACUUUGGAGCCGACAUGAAAAGCCGGCGGCCGCCAGAGUUGAUUUAUUCCAGCCUUUUUUCCCGCCAAAUUCUUCACUUUUGUUGGCCACGCCCACCUGACGUCGACAAGGGAACGCCACACUUGGAGUGUGGAAAGGUGAAAGGUCACCGACAUACAAAUAUUGCACCGGGGGUGUCCAAAUUAUUCCACACUUAACUUUUUUUAGGGGGUCUUAGUCACUCAAGUGCUAAAAAUAAUUAAUAUAUUAAUAUUUCUCUUCUACUUUCAACACUGAAAUAUCUACAAAUCAAAACUUUACAUCCAUCUUUUGACAAACUUCCAUUUUUUUCAAUGUUUUAUACUCUUUUUUUGUACAAAAAACCCAAAACUAGUGAAGAUGGCCAAACUUAGAGGAAAAAAAAUCAAUUUUUAGGAACACCAAUACAAAACCUCCAAAUAAUGUCUGAUUACUAAAAAACGGAAUUAAAUUUUUACAUUUCUUUACUGAAUGAGACACCCAGAAUGUGCAAAACUUCAAAACCGGUAAAGUUGUCACGUUGUGUAAAUGCUAAAUAAAAAGAGAAUACAAUAAUUUGCAAAUCCUUUCAACUUAUAUUCAAUUGAAUAGACUGCAAAGACAAGAUAUUUAACAUUUAAACUGGUAAAUUUUGUUAAGUUUUGCAAAUAUUAGCUCAUUGUAAUGUGAUGCCUGCCACGUGUUUCGAAAAAGCUGGCACAAGUGGCAAAAAAGAGUGAGAAAGUUGAGGAAUGCUCAUCAAACACUUAUUUGGAACAUAACACAGGUGAACGGGCUAAUUGGGAACAGGUGAGGUGCCAUGAUUGGGUAUAAAAGCAGCUUCCGUGAAAUGCUCAGGUGUUCAUAAACAAAGACGGGGCGAGGGUAAGCGCUUUGUGAACUAAGCAAAACAAAAAGUUUAAGAACAACAUUUCUCAACCAGCUAUUGCAAGGAAUUGAGGGAUUUCACCAUCAAUGCUCCGUAAUAUCAUCAAAAGGUUCAGAGAAUCUGGAGAAAUACCUGCAUGAAAACCCUUUCGACCCCUCAGGCGGUAGUGCAUCAAAAAGCGACAUCGGUGUGUAAAGGAUAUCACCACAUGGGCUCGGGAACACUUCAGAAAACCACUGUCGGUAACUACAGUCGGUCGCUACAUCUGCAAGCGCAAGUUAAAACUCUACUAUGCAAAGUCAACAACACCCAGAAAUGUCGCCGGCUUCGCUUGGCCCUAGCUCAUCUAACAUGGACUGAUGCGAAGCGGAAAAGUGUUCUGUGGACUGACCAGUCCACAUUUCAAAUUGUUUUUGGAAACUGUGGACGUCAUGUCCUCUGGAACAAAGAGGAAAACAACCAUCCCGGAAAGUGUAAAAGCCAGCAUGUGUGAUGGUUUGGGGGUGUAUUAGUGCCCAAGGCAUGGGUAACUUACACAUCUUUGAAGGUACCAUUAAUGCUGAAAGGUACAUACAGGUUUUGGAGAAACAUAUAUUGCCAUCCAGGCAUUGUUAUAAUGGACGCCCCUGCUUAUUUCAGCAAGGCAAGGCCAAGCCACUUGUUACAACAGCGUGGCUUCAUAGUAAAAGAGUGCAGGUACUAGACUGGCCUGCCUGUAGUCCAGACCUGUCUCCCAUUGAAAAUGUGUGAUGCAUUAUGAAGACUAACGAAGACCUCAGACUGUUGAACAACUUACGCUGUACAUCAAGCAAAAAUGGGAAAUAAUUCUAAUUAAAAAAUGUGUCUCCUCAGUUCCCAAACGUUUACUGAGUGUUGUUAAAAGGAAAGGCCAUGUAACACACUGGUAAAAAUGCCCCUGUGACAACUUUUUUGCAAUGUGUUGCUGCCAUUAAUUUCUAACUUAAUGAUUAUUUGCAAAAAAAAAAAAAAAAACCUAAAGUUUCUCAGUGUGAACAUGAAAUAUCUUGUCUUUGCAGUCUAUUCAAUAGAAUAUAAGUUGAAAAGGAUUUGCAAAUCAUUAUAUUCUUUUUUUAUUUAUUAUUUACACAACAGGACAACUUCACUGUUUUGGGGUUUUUUAAUAGGAAAAACACAAAAUAUGCAAUAUUUUCCCAAAAUUCAAAGUGGUAUAUUUGAUGUAAAGUAAUUGGAGCCUUAAAUAACAUUGCUUUUGGUUCUUUAUAAUUAAAAAAAUAUCAUACUAAAAUUCUUAGGUAUCCUCAAGGCCCCUACUCAUAAAAGAGUUCAAAUAAGUCAUACAUUCAUAUUUAUUUUUAACACUUAAAUCUCUUAACUUCAGAUCUAUUCAUCAAUUAUAACAUUUUUGAUUAUUUUUUGGAGCAAUGACAGUUUAAAAACAAAUCAUACUAAAAGUCUUAGGGAUCCUUAAGGCCCCCACUCAUAAAACCGUUAAAAAUAAGUCAUAUUUUAAUAUAUAUUAUCUUUAUUUUUAACAUUUAAAUCUCUUAACUUCAAAUCUCCUCGUGUGAGUAAAUAUGCAGUCAAUAUAUAUAUAUAUAUAUACAUAUAUUUACUUUUAACACUUAAAUCUCUUAACUUCAGAUCUUAUCGUCAAUUAUAACAUUUUUGAUUAUUUUGCCGGCAGAAAACGGAUGGAUGGACGGUUCUGUAAGUCCCCCACUGAUAAAAGAGUUAAAAAUAAGUCAAAAAUUAAUAUUUACUAUAUACAUUUUUAACACUUAAAUCUCUUAACUUCAGAUCUACUCAUCAAUUAUAACAUUUUUAAUUAUUUUUUUGAGCAAUGACAGUUUAAAAAAAAAAAAAUCAUACUAAAAGUCUUAGGGAUCCUUAAGGCCCCCACUCAUAAAAACGUUAAAAAUAAGUCAUAUAUUAAUAUAUAUUAUAUUUAUUUUUAACAUUUAAAUCUCUUAAUUUAUAAUCUCCUCGUGUGAGUAAAUAUGCAGUCAAUAUAUAUAUAUAUAUAU